CCUGUGGGCUCAGGGGCUGGCCAGGCCUUCCCUGCCCCGGGUCUCGGCCCGGCCGCCUGUGCCCCGGAAGGAGCCGCUUGCAGGUGCCCCGGUGCUCUGGGCACAGGGCUCUUGAGUGUCUCUCACUAGUGGGUGGUGACAUGGCGCGAUAGCACCUGCGGCCUGGGGCCUUUGUGUCGCUUACACGCUGUGCUCCCACUGGACUGGGGUCCGUGCCUCUGCAGUGUGGCUUGGGAGAGAGGGAAGACACUCUUCUGAAGUUCCUGCGUGCUCAGAGAGUUUCUUUGCUCAGAAUUCGUGUGCGGCUGCGAUAUUCGGCUUUGUUGGCGUUGGCUACCAAAUGGCUCUCUUCAAUAGACGAUUUGGUUUGUCUUUAACCCAUCUAAGCAGUGCUGUGAUCCAACGACAGUUCAGCAUCACUGGAGCAUGCCAAGCGAUACAGAAACUAACCCGUGUGCGAGUGGUGGACAACAGCACCUUGGGGAACACACCAUACCACCGGCCACCAAAAUGUAUCCAUGUGUACAACAAGACUGGAGUUGGCAAAGUUGGAGAUAAGAUCCUUCUGGCUAUCAAAGGAGAAAAGAAGAAGGCUUUAAUUGUAGGGCACAAGAUGCCUGGCCCCACCAUGACGCCUAGAUUUGAUUCCAACAAUGUGGUACUCAUAGAAGAUAAUGGAAAUCCAAUAGGGACUAGAAUAAAAACACCAAUACCCUAUACACUGCGAAGAAGAGAAGGCGAGUUCUCCAAAGUAUUGGCCAUUGCCCGCAACUUUGUAUGAAUGCUAAGAGAGGUCUUCAGCAAUCCUUUCAUACAGUAGCUGUUCCUUGGUCCUUUUCCAGAAAUUGGUGAAACAUGAAAAAGCUGAUGUUCAUCAAGAAUCUCUCCUCCCUUUUAAGAAUUUCAAGCAACUAAUGUAAAUAUUGAAAUAGUUUCUUUUUCUCCAAAAGAAGGUUAAUUUAUUUCACAGAACAUCUGCAGUAUGUUUGGGAAAUCAUCCUUCACCCUUACUCCUCCUGUGGUGUUAAUCUGGUCUUUCAUCAUUAAAAUGAGAACAUGAAAAUC